UGGCUUUAAAGGGGUGUUGGUUGGCGGAGGAGAGGUAGCACACAGGUCGCGUUUAGCCGCAAAAGAACACUACGUACGCUCGUCUCGUCUGCCUCUUUUCUCUUUUUUUGUUUUUGUGUGUGUGUGUGUUUGGAUAGUUGACGCCUCGUUGUUGUUGUUGCGAGAAGCGAGAAGAAGCCGAGCAUCCUGCAUCCCGCCUGCAGCGAUGGGAGAAGCUGAGACGCGGCAGAAAUUGCUGCGCAAUGUGAAGAAAGAGGUGAAACAGAUCAUGGAGGAGGCGGUGACCAGGAAGUUCGUGCACGCCGACAGCAGCCACAUCAUCUCCUUCUGUGCCGUGGUGGAGGCCUGUGUGCUGCAUGGACUCAAGCGGCGCAUCGCGGGGCUGCUGUGCAGUAACAAGGUCGCGGCGCUCUUCAUGAAGGUGGCAAAGAGCUGCUCGCCCGCUGAGCAACUUUGUCACAAGGUCCAAGAGCUGGAGCGCCUCAUAGAAAACAGCAAACAGAACAACUCUUCGCAGAGCAACAAGCGCAGUCGGCAGUCCAAGUUGAACAACCUCCCCCCUCAAGCGCUCAAACACUUGUGGAUACGAACUGCUCUGCUGGAGAAGCUGCUGGACAAGAUCGUCUUGUAUUUAGUGGAGAACUGCAGUACGUUCUAUGAGAAAGAAGCCAUGCUGAUGGACCCUGUGGAUGGGCCCAUUCUUGCGUCCCUAUUGGUUGGUCCUUGUGCUUUGGAGUACACCAAAGUCAAGACAGCAGACCACUUCUGGACCGACCCGUCUGCUGACGAACUGGUCCAGAGGCACCGCAUCCACAGCGGCCACUGUCGACAAGACUCUCCCUCAAGAAGACCAGCCCUGAUCCAGAAGAGACAGUCCAGUGGAAGCAUGGACGAUCGCCCUCUGGUGUGGGCGAGAGAGUAUGUGGAAUCUCUCCACCAGAACUCCAGAGCCACUUUGCUGUUCGGCAAGAACAAUGUUCUGGUGCAGCCGAGGGACGACAUGGAGGCCAUCCCGGGCUACUUGUCUCUGCACCAAACCGCAGAUCUGAUGACACUUAAAUGGACACCAAAUCAGCUGAUGAACGGCAAUGUCGGGGAGUUGGAUUCUGAGAGGAGUGUCUACUGGGACUACGCCAUGACAAUUCGCUUGGAGGAGAUUGUGUAUCUACACUGUCAUCAGCAAGUGAACAGCGGCGGAACAGUGGUUUUGGUGAGCCAGGACGGUAUCCAGAGACCCCCUUUACACUUCCCUAAGGGGGGCCACCUGCUUCAAUUUCUCACCUGCCUGGAGACUGGCCUGCUACCUCACGGCCAGUUGGACCCGCCGCUCUGGAAUCAGAGAGGGAAGGUCAGCAUGAAUGCAGGACAUUUCCUAUUUGACCUUGUGUAUCAAGAGUGUGUUUUUGUCUUUCAUGCACAGGGAAAGGUUUUCCCCAAAUUGCGUAGGAGGAGCCCACAUGGGUCAUGUGACUCGGUGUCUGAUAAAGAGGAUGAGGAAGCCACCGAUUAUGUGUUCCGGAUCCUGUUUCCUGGGAAUCAAAUGGAGUUCAUGGCUUUAGAGCUGAUGGACCAGGGUAUGACCAUGUGGCAACCAACCGCCAGGAAGUCAUCCUGCUCCUCCUGCUCACAGAAUGGAUCAUCUGACGGCUCUCUGCCUAAUGGCUGCAAUCAAGAACGGGCUCCUCUAAAGCUUCUUUGCGACACCAUGAAGUACCAGAUCAUCUCACGGGCUUUCUACGGAUGGCUGGCGUACUGCCGCCAUCUGUCCACAGUUCGCACCCACCUCUCGGCUCUGGUCAACACCACUAUCGUCGUCCCCGAUGUGCCUUCGGAUGCCCAAGGAGGCCUCUCUGUGGACGUCUGGGCCAAGUUCCUCCACGACAGCUCUGCCUACGAGGAACAUGAGAUACACAGGCUUGUGUAUUUUGGCGGUGUGGCACCUUCUCUACGCAAAGAGGUGUGGCCCUUCCUGUUGGGACACUACAAGUUUACAAUGAGUGAGAAGUGCAGGAUGGAGACUGACCAGCAGAUGCGCGCCUUGUACGAGCAGAACAUGAAGGAGUGGCAAGGUUGUGAGGACAUCGUGCGCCAAAGGGAGCGAGAGAAACACGUCGAGGCCCUCGCUAGAUGUUCGUCAGGCGCCAGCGUCGAGAGGGGGCCUGUCGAGCGGGACUCCACCAUCAGCACAGAUUCGUCGCUCAGCAGUAACUCAGAUCAACAAAAUGUGCAGUCACAGAGCGACUCCAGCAGUAGUGCACUGGUGUUCGUAUCGGUCGAUGCCGGCGAUCCGAUGGAGACGAGACCGGAAGAAAGUCAAAAGCAGCACAACAGUCCAAUUAAGGACAUCCCUGCUGGUCCUGUUAGCUCCAGCAACCGAUCCGACCCUACAGGUUCAACGGAGCCAGUGAUUGGAUCUUCUCAGCAGUCAAUGGACACAUCAGACGUCUUCAACGUACAAUCUGUGGAUGAAUCACUGCCAGACAGUGAAAAUAUUCUAGACUCAAGGGCAAAGGACGGCUUCUUAGGGAUUGAAAGGAUGGAGACUGAAAGUGACGGGGGUGAGGAUUCUGGAAACACAAUGAAACUAAAGUGCUCUGACGCUGAGAAGUCCAAAAAUGCUAAUGAGAAAUCUGGUAUGGUAAAAAGUAUAAUUACAAAGAAGGAUGUAAGAUCUCCCCCAGGGAACACCAAUAUUAUCAAGCUGGAAACUGAGAUUCAGAACAAAUAUUUCCAAGCCCCUCCGAUGGGUCAGGCUUUAAAUUUUCAAGCACAAAAUACAAAAGAUCAGGACAGUAAGUCAGUUUCUCUGCUAACACCAGACGGAAUUCCACAAAUUGGGGCUGAACCAGAGUGUUUAGAAAAAGCAAUUUCAGUUGAGGCAAUGGAUUCUGUGUGUGAAGCCAGAAAAGUAUCAGACAUCCCAUUUGAGAAAGGCUCAAACUCACCUGUAAGGCAAGUCCUCAAUGCUCUCCAGUUGGCAUCCCGCGGGAGCCUUUCGCUGUCCUCCCACACCCGGCCGUCUCCGGACUCGGACGAUUCCCCCUCCGCCUUAGAGAUGGAGGACAUCCCUGCCGGGGUGACAUGUUUGAACCUGGAGGAAAUUAGCAUUAGGCCUUUGACUGCCCUUGCCGCCCCUCCGGCUUCGCUGGCUCGGAGAGGGAAGACAGCACCUGAGGACCUCGUCUUAGAUCACCAUCUGGACACAGCUUGCAACACCAGUCCUGAGGGCACGGACCUGGGACUUUCCGAAGAUGAGCCUGACACCGAAAAUGUGUUUACAGCACCUGAACCUGUAGAGGCCGCAGUAGAGUCUAAAUGUGACAAAUCCUUGGUGCACAAAACCUACUCUCAAGAAACACUGGACAUGUAUCUGAUCAACUUGCAUCGCAUCGACAAAGAUGUCCGACGGUGUGACAGAACCUAUUGGUACUUCACUCCCGAAAACCUGGACAAGCUGAGGAACAUCAUGUGCAGCUAUGUGUGGCAACAUCUGGACACGGGUUACGUGCAGGGCAUGUGCGAUAUACUGGCUCCCCUUCUGGUUAUUCUGGAUAACGAGGUGACGGCGUUCAGCUGCUUCACUGAACUGAUGAAAAGAAUGAACCUGAAUUUUCCUCAUGGGGGCGCCAUGGACUCACAUUUUGCCAACAUGCGUUCUCUGAUCCAGAUCCUGGACUCUGAACUGUUUGAACUGAUGCAACAAAACGGCGACUACACUCACUUCUACUUCUGCUACCGCUGGUUCCUACUGGACUUUAAAAGAGAAAUGGUCUAUGACGAUGUGUUCUCCGUUUGGGAAACCAUCUGGGCGGCGGCGUACACAACCUCUGAGCAUUUUGUGCUUUUCAUCGCAUUGGCGCUGGUGGAGAUGUACCGGGAUAUCAUCCUGGAAAACAACAUGGACUUCACGGACAUCAUCAAGUUCUUCAAUGAAAUGGCAGAUCAUCACGACGUCCCGCAGGUCCUGAUGAUGGCCCGAGACUUAGUCCAUAAAGUGCAAACACUUAUAGAAAACAAGUGAUCAGCGUACUCCCCUGUUUAGGUUGUUUUAAAGAUAAUGACACACACAAAAAGCUAAUGAAACAAUGAUCAAUAUAUACAGUUGCAAGAAAAAGUAUGUGAACCCUUUGGGAUCACUUGGAUUUCUGCAUAAAUUGGACAUUAAAUGUGUUCUGAUCUUCAUCUAAGUCACAACAAUAGACAAACAAAGUCUGCUUAAACUAAUACUGCACAAAAAAAAAAAAAUCGUCAUUUUUUUAUUGAACAGUGCAGGGUGGGAAAGUAUGUGAACCUUUGGAUUUAAUAACUGGUUGACUCUCCUUUGACAACAAUAACCUCAACCAAAUGUUCACUGUAAUUGCAGGUCAGACUUGCACUACGGUCUGAAGGAACUUUUGACCAUUCCUCUUUACAAAAGUGUUUCAGUGCAGCAAUAUUCUUUGGAUGUCUGGUGUGAAAUGCUCUCUUGAGGUCAUGCCACAGCACCUCAAUCGGGCUGAGGUCAGGAAUCUGACUGGGCCACUCCUGGAGUUCUGUUGAUUUACUUUUAUGCUUUGGGUCAUUGUCCUGUUGCAUCACCCAUCCUCUUUUGGGCUUCAGUUGGCAGACAGCUGCUUCUAAGUUUUUCUGUAAUAUGUUUUGAUACAAUUGGGAAUUAGUUUUCCCGUCGAUGACAGCAAUCCGUCCAGACCGAGACACCAAAGCAGCCCCAAACCAUGAUGCCUCCUCCACCAUAUUUCACUGUUGGGAGGAGGCUUUGAUGUUGGUGUACUGUGCCUUUUUUCCUCCACACAUAGCGUUGUGUUCCUCCCAAACAACUCAAUAUUGGUUUCAUUUGUCCACAGAAUAUUUUAUUAGUAGUGCUGUGGAACAUCUAGGUGCUCUUUUGCAAACUUCAAAGGGGGACCAAUAUUUUUCUUUGAUAGCGGUGGCUUCCUCCGUAGUGUCCCCCCAUUAACUCCACUCCUGUUCAAUGUUUUCCUUAUUGUUGGUGGGUCAACACAAAUGUUAGCAUGUGCCAGAGAUUUUUGUAGGUCUUUGACACUUGGAUUAUUUUUCCCUUCAUUGAGCAUUCUGCGCCAUGCUCUUGCGGUCACCGAGAGAGAGUAGCAACACUGCUGAACUUUCUCCAUUUGUAGACAGUCUGUCUUACCGUGGACAGAUGGACAUCAAGUCUUUUAGAGAUACUUUUGUAAUCCUUUCCAGCUUCAUGUAAGUCAACGAUUCUUGAUCAUAGGUUUUUAGAGAGCGCUUUUGUGCUAAGCAACUGUUCACAUCAGACAAGAUACUUUGUGAGAACAGUGAACUCAAAACUGGUGUUUUUUUAUAGGGCAGCUUUAACUAACACCUGUAAUCUCAUCACAUUGGUUGGACUCCAGGUUGGCGGACUCCUGGCUCCAAUUGACUUGGAAAAGUAAUAAGCUUAGGGGUUCAUAGUGUGAAGGUUUACACAUUGUGUUGAAAAAAAAAACAGGAAAACAUAACAUUUUAAGUGCAGUAUAAGUUUAAGAAGAUUGUUGUGACCUAAAUAUAGAUCAGAACUAAUUUAAUGCCCAAAUUGUGCAGAAAUCCAAGUAAUCCCAAUGAGUUCACAUACUUUUUCUUGCAACUGUAACUAAAAUGCAGUAACACAUGAGUGCAGCGGUUUAAAGUGGUUGCUUCUUUCUAUAAUUGGUGAGAUGCAAUUGAAGGGCGAGUAAAUGUAUUUUCCAAGCGGUGUUCACCUUGUGAAUGUACUUUCAUUGAAACUGCUUCAAGAUGUUAUUUUGCCUUAAAUAUUUUUUCAGGGAUACGGCAAAUGUCAGAUCAUUUAAUCACACCGCCGCAUUCAAUUGUUAGGAUUCAAAUUGGGUGCUGCUAAUGACCAAGAAAAUUGAUUAGUGUUGGCGUGUGUCCAAGUGGCUUGUGUAAUUCCUGGUGUGUUAGUCAAUAACCAUUAGGCUUGAUGCCUCCUAAGCCAUCUUAUUUCUGUCCCAAUCUUUUACAUCUUAACAAAAACCGUGUUGAACAUUUUUUCUGUGCAGUUACAUUUUGGUGCUCACCGACUCACUUUAGUGUGCUCAAACAAAGCGGAUUACUAGAUUUAUCACUAAACACAUAAAUCAGUGAACUCUGGGAUUUUUGUGUGAUGACUAAGACAAUGUGAUCUUGCUUUUUGAGGUCAAAUAUUUUGCAUUUUUAAAAGAGGUCAGUUCAGUGGUAUCUUAAGUUGGGUCUGUGAAUGUUGUCAUGUCAGGCUUUUAACCAAAUAGAUGUACACUAUAAAUGGUAAGGUUCAGGCAUCCAAAAGGGGUACAUUACAUCCAUGGGUAACACCAAAACCAUUUAAAAAUUUGCCAGUCAGUUACAACCCCUCAGUGUUUAAUUAUCACUGCUUUAAGUGUUCCCAGACGUUCCUCUGAAACAGGCCAGUGUUGUUUGUGAAUUGUCGUGCUGCUCUUUGUCAGAAGAUUAACCGUAUACAAUGUGAGAUCCAUUGUAAAAACAAAGCUAGCACAUAUGAAAUGCAAUACAAUGUCUAUAAAUGGGAUUCAUCUGAUUAUAAUGAAGAGAGUUGCUAAACAUAUUUAAUUGGAGACAUUUAUUUUUUUCCUGUCUUCUCAAAAAUGUAAGCUGUUAGAAUUAAUUUAUUGUGAAUUAAAAUAUUCUAUUUUGCA